ACAAGUCAGAAAAAGAAACGUUCUACUGUUUUCGACUUGUCGGUCAAAUGUUCACGUACCAGGUCAGUCAUGCUCGUUUCUCGAAGCCACUCACAUAACAUGCUGAAAUACAUUUUACUGUAUUUUCUUGUCCUUCCCACACACUUGGCUCCCACGCUGCUAUCCGCUUUGGAAAUUUUAUCGUUCGGAAUGUUUUCGGAAUACAUACACCAUCAUUAAUCCCGUAAACGAAACUAUCGCUGUACCAGGAAAUCUAUAAUACUCGGUUUUACUGGAUUUUUGUUUGUGCUGACCCGAACCUGAAAACGCAUUUCCAGAAAAGGGUUAUUAAUUACUACGAAAUAACUCCAGCAUGAGAUCAGUUGCAGCAAUUUAUUAAUUCGAAAUUUUCAGACGCAUGGAAGUUUAUGCACAUGUUUCUGUAACUGCCAAUAUGCUGCGUGAUUAUUAAUAUCAGUUUUGUGGAAAUUCAAUGCCGAUUCCGCGGCAAUAUUAUGGACAGUAAUUACAGUUCCUUAUACGCUCUUAUCUCCGGACAUUGGACGGAAGAUUGAUUUAACAAGCUAGAACAUUUGUUGUCAAACAAGAGCUGUGCAAGUCAGAAUGCAGUCCGUUGACGAAUCACCCCAGUUAGUCAUCAUGGAUGCAUCAGGCGAAGUGAAAACUACCGGCAUUUCUACCGGCAAUCAUUUUCUGCCGUACACAUCGGCCUUAACAUCUUCCCUGGAGUUGGUGGAUGUCGAGCACAUUGGCGAAAUCACCAAAGGGACACUUUUUCAGAAACUGACCGGAAAUGUUCCAUCCGGGCCAGUUUUGAAGGAUGUGUCGUUGGAGGUGUACGGCGGGGAAUUAAUGGGAAUACUAGGCUCAAGUGGAAGUGGCAAACGAGCACUCGUGGAUGUUAUGAGUCGGCGUGCGUUGGGAAUUACACGCGGAAUAAUCCUCCUGAACCAAAUGCCAUUAACGGCUAAAAUAUUUCGUGAUAUAUGCGCGGUGGUCACGCUGAAGAAUGAUUUAAUUCCCGGCCUGACCGUGUGGCAAACAAUUAACUUUGCAGCCGGUUUAACCAUCAGUUCCCUUAUGAAUUGCUUCCAGAGGGAAAUUCGGGUAAACCAAGUGGCGCGCGAUUUGGGACUGGAUAAUCCGAUAUUAUUGAAAAAAGAAGUGUCCAAGCUAUCAUUAAGCGAGAAACGCCGGCUGCUCAUUGCCAUGGAGCUCGUGCGCGAUCCACUGCUGGUAUUAAUUGACGAGCCAACUCGUGACCUGGAUCCGUUAGAAGCCUAUCUGGUCUGCUCAAUACUGGCAUCCUAUGCCAAAAAAUACAACCGGAUGGUGGUAAUUACGCUGGAGAAACCGCGUUCCGAUAUUGUCCCCCUUCUGGACCGUGUGACCAUUCUAUCGCUGGGCGAUGUGGUCUACACCGGCUACACACGCACAAUAGCUGAUUAUUUCAAACAAAUCGGAUUUCCCUGCCCGGAACUGGAAAAUCCUUUAAUGCAUUACCUCUGCCUAGCGACGGUUGACCGCCGGUCCAAAGAGAAGUUCACAGAAACCAACAGCCAUAUCGAGAUCUUAGUACAAAAAUACAAAGUUGAAGGCGAACCGUUCAAGCGUUACGCGCCGGCGACAGGACUCGAGGCCAUUGCUCAACCUCCAGUUUUAGCCGCUCUAGCCAAGCCCAUCGCGGUGGGAAGCCUGGAGACGCUAUUACGGCGGAAGUUUACGCUGUUGUUUCAGUUUCUUAUUAUACCCAAAGAAUUCACUGCCUGGCAGACUGUGAUAUGGCGACUCUUGGCCUUUCCUUUUUUAUGCUUUUUUAUUUGGCUGUUUUAUUUCCACGUACAAAACCAAAGCCAGUACAGCUUUCCGACAAGGAACGGUCUGAUAUUCACCGUUCUUACAUUGGUGACCUUUUUGUCGGCGUGCGUCACAGCCUUCACAUAUGAGCCAUUCCGGACGCGUUAUUUUCAAGAGACACGGAAUGGUUGUUACAACGGAAUUUUAUUUAUUGUAUCGGAAAUUAUUCACUCCUUUGUGGUCAAUUCUGUGACAGUAUUUGCGGGUGCGGCAAUAAUAUUUUACGCUUGUGGACUGCGGGAUGAUGAUGAUGGUGUCAAGUUUGUCCUGUUUGCCUUGGUAUUAUUUUGCUGUUGGAAUUUUGUGGAACUAAGCAUGAACUGCUUAAUGCUGUGGAUUAAACAGCCUCUAGAAGCGCUCUCUAUUUGCCUUUUUAUUGUGAUAUUUUACCUUGUUUGCUCCAGCGGAACAGUGAAGAGUUUAUAUAAUUUGGAUGACUGGUUGUAUGUCCUGACAUACGGAAUGAUCUACCGUUAUGCCGGUUCAGUCAUCAAUUACAAUGAAUUCUUUGUCCCGAUCGUCAACGGCACCACCCAACCAGAUCUGCUGGGCAGAAACAGUACACCGUGUGGUUUCUUGGUGGAUUCGGAGAGCCAUUGUCGCUAUCAGAAUUCCACAGACUUUUUAGCCCAACGCUAUACACGACCUGGGCAACCAACCGCAUUAGUUAAUGACGUAUACCGGGAUUUCGGAAUUUGUUGGGUGUUCUACGUCGGAAUGAUUUUGAUAACGAUUUUCGCCUACUCUAUCCCGUUGCCAUCGUUUGUUAAGCGAAAAUUUCGUGAUUAGUUUUUAUACAGAAAUGUUUGUAUUUACAUUUGUACAGCAUCGUUUUUAAUUAUGGAAAUUCUAUAAUCCAAUAAAAUAAAGAGAAAAUUACGGCAUUUCACGGAACAAACUA